AUGACUAUCACUAUAAUUUCGAGGCUAAUACCGAAACACCAUAAAAGGCUAUUUUCACUGUCUCCACCUAAAUAUUCAUUUUCAUUUUAUGAUCUAGUCAAAGAGACCCCUACGAAUCCCAAGCUGUCUAUAGAAGCUUACCACCUCAGCGACAAUGAGAUUAAAAAGCUACAAAAGAAAGGUGGAACUGCAUUUGAAGGUAAUUAUCAACUAGAUUCACAAUCUCCGGAAGAAAAGAUCGCAAGAGUAUUUGGUGGGAGAAUAAAAGGAGAAAACAAGGGAUCUACCAGUAGAGUUAUUAGAGGAGAGCCCAAGAAUAUCUGUGGAGUCAUGGUUCCGGAUAAACCCUUAGAACCAGAUAACUGUUGUAUGAGUGGUUGUGUAAAUUGCGUUUGGCAAAUUUUUGACGAAGACAUCAAAGAAUGGAACCGGAAGCGCGAGAAAGCGGCCAAAAUGUUAAGCAAGAAAGGGGGAAGAUGGCCUGAGAAUUUCCAUGCACCCUUAAAGCUUUUGAAGGUAGAAAACAUGCCACCAACAUUUGCCAGAAAAGCUAAAGAAGGUAAAUUAAAAACAACCGCCGAGGAAGACGACACAACAAGCAAUGAUGCAGCAUGGGACAAUAUACCAAUAUAUAUAAAAGUUUUCGCCCAAACAGAAGAAAAGAUGAAAGCGAGAAACAGAGCACGGGCACUUGCGAAAGCCUCGGGUGGAUCAAAAGCAGAAGCAAGUUCCUAG